AUGGAUUUACCUGGACUAAUACAUGAUUUUCUUUUAGUCUUUCUGGGAUUGGGUCUUAUAUUAGGGGGUCUGGGAGUAGUAUUACUUCCCAAUCCUAUUUAUUCUGCCUUUUCGUUGGGAUUGGUUUUUGUUUGUAUAUCUUUAUUCUAUAUUCUAUCAAACUCCCAUUUUGUAGCUGCUGCGCAGCUCCUUAUUUACGUAGGAGCCAUAAAUGUUUUAAUAAUUUUUGCUGUGAUGUUUAUAAAUGGUUCAGAAUAUUCCAAAGAUUUCCAUCUUUGGACCGUUGGAGAUGGAAUAACUUCGGUGGUAUGUACAAGUCUUUUUGUUUCACUAAUUACUACUAUUCCAGAUACGUCAUGGUACGGAAUUAUUUGGACUACAAAAGCAAACCAGAUUAUAGAACAAGAUUUGAUAAGUAAUAGUCAACAAAUUGGGAUUCAUUUAUCAACAGAUUUUUUUCUUCCGUUUGAAUUCAUUUCAAUAAUUCUUUUAGUUGCGUUAAUCGGCGCAAUUGCUGUAGCUCGUCAAUAA